AUUCACAGGACGCCGUGCCAUGGGCGGCUGUAUGACGCGCUCCCAGAGGAGAGCAGGACGGCGCGAGUGAGGCUGCUGCUGCCCAGGGGCGCCUCGGAGGCCACAGACUGCGUCGUGCACCUGGCCGGCACUGGCGACCACGGCUUUGAGCGCCGCACGCACCUGGGCCUACCCCUCAUUGCCAAGGGGGUGGCGACGAUGGCGUUGGAGAGUCCGUAUUACGGGAGCAGGAGGCCGCCGUGGCAGGAGGGGUCCAAGCUUGAGCGAGUGAGCGACCUGCUCACACUGGGGCGCACGACCAUCGAGGAAUCGCUGUACCUGCUUGCCUGGGCGCAGCAGCAGAAGUUCCGGCGGCUGGGCAUCUGCGGCUUCUCAAUGGGCGGGGUGCAUGCAUGCAUGGUUGCCAGCCUGUACCCCAAGGCGCUCGCAUGCGUGCCGCUGCUCGCGCCGCGCUCAGCCGCGGUCGCAUUCUGCCACGGAGCUCUGCGCGAAGCCACCGCCUGGCAGCCCCUUCUGGCCGCGGCGGACGAGGCCGACAAGGUAUGUCCAUCUGUCUUUCCUUCGCAGAGCCACGAGACCGUGGCAGCCCAGAAGCUGGCGCGCGAACGCCUGGACAAAGUGCUGGAGACCUACACAGAUGUCACACGCUUUCCAAGGCCGCGGCGGCCGGAUGCAGCGGUGAUAGUGGGCGCACACAAUGACGCCUAUGUGUCAGCGCACAGCGUGAGAGAGCUUGCGGCGCACUGGCCAGGAUCGCAGGUGAGGUGGGUGCCAGGCGGGCACGUGUCAGCGUUCCUGCUGCAGCAGCCAGCAUUCAGGCAGGCCAUCCUGGACGCCCUUGAGCGGCUGUCAGAGCCAGCAGCUGCAGCCCAAGAUUCAGCAUCAUCUGCUGAUAUUGCGGCGUAG